GCGGGGCGGCGCGGCCGGGCCGGCGGCGCGGGAAGAUGGCGGCCGGGAUCCGGGAGAAGCAGACAGUGGCUUUGAAACGUAUGCUGAACUUCAAUGUUCCUCCAGUUAAAAACAGCACAGGAGAACCAGUAUGGAAGGUUCUCAUUUAUGACAGAUUUGGCCAAGAUAUCAUCUCACCUUUGCUGUCAGUGAAAGAGCUGAGGGAUAUGGGGAUCACUUUGCAUCUGCUUUUGCAUUCAGAUCGAGAUGCUAUUCCUGAUGUCCCAGCUGUUUACUUUGUAAUGCCAACAGAAGAAAAUAUUGACAGAAUGUGCCAGGAUCUUCGAAACCAGCUUUAUGAGUCUUACUAUUUAAACUUCAUUUCUGCCAUUUCAAGAAGUAAACUGGAAGAUAUUGCAAAUGCUGCUAUAGGUGCUAAUGCAGUAACUCAAGUGGCUAAGGUGUUUGAUCAAUAUCUUAAUUUUAUUACUUUAGAAGAUGAUAUGUUUGUAUUGUGUAACCAAAACAAAGAACUUGUUUCAUACCGUGCCAUUAACCGACCAGAUAUAACAGACACAGAAAUGGAAACUAUAAUGGACACUAUUGUUGAUAGUCUCUUCUGUUUUUUUGUUACACUUGGCGCUAUACCUAUAAUCAGAUGCUCAAGAGGAACUGCAGCUGAAAUGGUGGCAGUGAAACUGGAUAAGAAGCUCAGAGAGAAUCUAAGAGAUGCCAGAAACAGUCUUUUUACAGGUGAUACACUUGGAGCUGGCCAAUUCAGCUUCCAAAGGCCCUUAUUAGUCCUUGUUGACAGAAACAUAGAUUUAGCAACUCCUCUACAUCAUACUUGGACAUACCAAGCUUUAGUGCAUGAUGUUCUGGAUUUCCAUUUGAAUAGAGUUAACUUGGAAGAAUCAGCAGGAACAGAAAGCACUCCAGCAGGUGCAAGACCUAAGAAAAAAAAUAAGAAGUCCUAUGAUUUAACUACAUCUGAUAAAUUCUGGCAAAAGCAUAAGGGCAGUCCUUUUCCAGAGGUGGCUGAGUCUGUUCAGCAAGAACUGGAAUCUUACAGAGCCCAAGAAGAUGAAGUCAAAAGACUUAAAAGUAUCAUGGGCAUUGAAGGGGAGGAUGAAGGAGCAAUAAGUAUGCUUUCAGAUAAUACAGCUAAGCUAACUUCAGCUGUCAGCUCUCUUCCAGAACUUCUGGAAAAGAAGAGGCUCAUUGAUCUUCAUACAAAUGUUGCAACAGCCGUUUUGGAGCACAUAAAGAGUCGAAAGCUGGAUGUGUAUUUUGAGUAUGAGGAAAAAAUAAUGAGCAAAUCCACUCUGGAUAAAUCUCUUCUGGACAUGAUUUCUGACCCAGAUGCAGGAACUCCUGAAGACAAAAUGCGAUUAUUUCUCAUCUAUUACAUAAGCUCAGCUCAGGCACCUUCAGAGAUUGACUUGGAGCAGUAUAAAAAAGCAUUGAUGGAUGCAGGUUGUAAUCUUGCUCCUUUGAGCUACAUAAAACAAUGGAAAGCUUUCACUAAGAUGGCUUCAGCUCCAACCAGCUAUGGAAACGCUACACCUAAACCUUUGGGUCUGUUUUCACGUGUUAUGAAUACAGGAUCACAGUUUGUAAUGGAAGGAGUGAAGAACUUGGUACUGAAGCAACAAAAUCUGCCAGUCACACGUAUUUUGGACAACCUUAUGGAGAUGAAGUCAAACCCUGAGACAGAUGACUACCGGUACUUUGACCCCAAGAUGCUACGAGGCAGUGACAGUUCAGUUCCAAGAAAUAAAAAUCCAUUCCAGGAGGCCAUAGUGUUUGUAGUUGGAGGAGGCAACUAUAUUGAAUAUCAAAAUCUUAUUGACUACAUAAAGGGUAAACAAGGCAAACAUGUCCUGUAUGGCUGCAGUGAACUUUUUAAUGCCACACAGUUUAUAAAACAGCUGUCCCAACUUGGCCAGAAAUAAAACUGAAACACCAUUACCUGGAUGGAAAUGUGACAACAGAGAAUUGUUACAACAUUCAGAUAUCUUCAUAUCUUUAUUUUUGUCAUUAUAUUAAAACUUUAACCCAUUUCAUUAAUAUGAUAACUUUAAAAAAAUCUGUAAUUAAUACGGUGUAUAUCAGCAUUUCAGAAAUAAAACUUAAAACCUA